CUCAAAUUUCAUGGCCCACUAAAUGCAAGAUUUGGCUAAAGUGUGUUAAGCUUUUGAAAGCCAAAUUCACAGAGAUAAGAAUGACAAACACACAUUCUCACAAUGGCAGGGACUGCUUUCUCCACCUCCUGCAACUUAGGGAGAUGUUGGUUGGUAGUAAAAACUCACAAUGCAAGGAGCAUGCCAGGGAAGCUAGUAUCUCAAUGUAAAAUGAGAAAGAAGUUUACAAUAAAAGCAGAAAUUAAGUUUGUAACAGCUGAUGAUGCUAAGGAACUUGUAAAAGUAGAUGGAUAUAAUGUUCUUGAUGUGAGGGACAAAUCUCAAUAUGAAAGAGCACACAUUAAAACAUGUUAUCAUGUUCCUCUUUUUGUUGAAAAUACAGACAAUGAUCCUGGUACAUUCUUAUUAAGGACUGUGCACAAUAAUUUUUCUGGGUUGUUCUUUGGGAUACCAUUCACUAGGCCAAACCCCGAUUUCGUACAAUCCGUGAAGAGUCAAAUACAGCCUGAAACUAAACUCUUGAUUGUAUGUCAGGAAGGAUUGAGGUCUGCUGCAGCAGCAAAUAAGUUAGAGGAUGCUGGUUUCCAAAAUGUAGCAUGCAUAACAUCUGGACUUCAAACUGUGAAACCAGGGACAUUUGAAUCUGUUGGCUCGACGGAGUUGCAGAACGCUGGCAAAGCUGGUUUGGUGCAAAUCCAAGGAAAAAUUUCAGCUGUGUUGGGAACUGUUCUUAUUUGUGCAUAUUUAUUCAUUACCUUCUUUCCUGAUCAAGCAGAGAAGCUGAUCCAACUGGUCCCUGCAGGCUAAGACUAAAAGUUCCAUUGAUAAUUGUUUUCCCCUCACAUAAUGCAUGUUACAUAGAAAUGUGGGACGACUAGAAUUGAGGAACGUAAAAACAUGUGAUGUGAAUGAGGUUAUGGAAUGGAAAGAGAUAAUGUUAGUAUGGCUAUCAUGGUCAAAACUAGAUUGUCUACCCCACUACGGUAGUAAUUUACUUUCCAUUAAGCAAAACAAUGUCUUUUUUGUAAAAGAUUAUGCAAAGCAAUGUCUACACCCAUUUAAGUGUUUAAGAUGUCAAUUAUUUGUCGAUUA